UAGAAUCCAAUGGGCAGAAUCCGGGUGUCCCCGCGCGACACACCACCCCUUCCUCGCCCCGAAUCUUCCCUUUCCCUUCCCCGCCCCACACGGCACAACAGCACCAAGCGCUCACCUCCAAAGUCCCCAAUCCUGCCGCUCACGCCCCACGAACCCAUCAAACCCUAGCUAGCGUCAUCACCCCCCUCGAGAUGGACGGCCGGGACGCCACGGCGGACCUGCAGGAGUGGGAGCUCCUCCUCGCCUCCCCGACCGCCACCGCGGCGCCGGGCCCUUACGCCGCCGGCGAGGAGGCGGUGGAGGACGACGCCGCCGGGGCCAUCAAGUACGACUACUUCGACCUCGGCUCCGACGCCAAGUACGCCAGGAGGGCGUCCCUGUCGGCGGGGGCCGAGGAGGAGGGUAAGGAGGAGGAGGGGACGGACGAGGAGGCCGGCGAGGCGAGCUGGGUGGAGCCGCACCCGGGCGCCCUCGCCUUCCCCGCCCGCGACCGCGCCGCGCUCUGGUCCGACUCGUCGUCGGACGGGGAGAGGCGCGAGGACGCCGAGGCCACCGAGCCGCUGGUGGAGACGCCCCGGGAGGCUGCGGCGGCGGACGAGGGGGCGGUGGCGAAGGGAGGGCCCGCGGCGGCCGCGGCGCGGUGGUGGAGGCUGCCCGUGGAGGUGCUGCGGCUGUGGGCGGCGCGCGCGGCGAGGAGCGCGUGGUCGGUGCCCGUCGCCGUCGCGCUGCUCGGGAUCGCCGUGCUGGGCCGCCGGCUGUACCGGAUGCGGCGGCAGAGCAAGGCCGUGGCGCGCGUGCGGCUCGUCCUUGACGAUAAGAAGGCAUCUCAAUUCAAGGCCCAGCCGAUGUUGCGGCGAGCUCCGAUGAUAAAGCCUAUGCUUCCCGGCAAUGGAGUGACCCCAUGGCCUGUGCUGGGGCACCUGUGAGAUUGUGAGAUCCGCUACAUAGAGCUAGAAAUACAGUUGGCUUGUGAGCAUACUAUGCAGUCCCCUGCAGAUUUAUACCCUACUUGAAGUGCCUACUUGUGAAGGACAAAAGGAUGCUUAAGUGACUCAUUCAGUAGAUCUUUUCUGCUUGAUGUUUGUAAUGCGCCCGUGUGUAUAUUUUUCUUUUGUAUCCUCGUUUUACCUGAUGUGCCUGAACAAUGUGGCUGUGUAUAUAUAUGAAACAAAGUAUCUGAAUAUGGUUGUAGAAUGGCAGUUUGAAACUGCGGCGAGCUUCCUUUCA